AUGUCGGGAUUGCUUGAGAAAAUCGGCCAGGGCCGUGUGUCUGAUGGCUUGAUCUUGAGCAAUGUACCAGCUGAGGUGAACACGCUGGAUGCUUUGAAUCGCCACUUCCGACACUUCGGUGAGGUGCUAAAGAUCACCUCCCAAGUGAACGAGGGCAAGGCCUAUGUGCAGUUUGCCAGCAAGGCUUCGGCGGAGGCUGCUGCGAGUGUGCCUGUGCUGGACCGUCCAGAGAUCACGGUGGCUGGGGGCACAGUGAAGAACCAGAUGCAGACGCCAGCAUUGAUCUUGGAAGCCAAACACCAUCACCGACCUUCCCCGGAGAAGGUUGUUGAGCAUAGGGUGCUUCCGGGUGAACACGUCAUUGUGUCAGGCCGUCUGCAAGAGCCACGUGCCACAUUCUACAUCCGCACAGGCCAAGCGUCGGCAAUGGAGGUGAAGGCGCCUCACUUGGCACGGUUGGUGAUCACCAAUGACCCCCAUGGCCUUCGCGUGGAGUCCCAAGACGAGGAGGUGAGUAUCUCAGACCUUGAGAAGGAUGUUGCAAUGAUGAUUCCGGGCAGUGACACGGUGCCAAUGUUACUGCGCAAUGAGCAUUUCAAGGAUGUUCGCCCGAAAAGCGAGCGCUUCGCUGUGGGCGGAGCAUGA